AUGCAUAGUUUGGAUUCUGGCCGUAUGCUUAUAAGAAAUGGUAGUUCUAGUGUCCUCCUAACGUACUUAAGAAACACAACUGAGGAGGGAGACACCGAGGCCAAAGUGUGUGUAGUAAAGAAAAUGAACUGGACAAAGAAUGAGAACCUACGAGGCGGCCGAGAGUUCUACGGAAUCUACGGGGAGAUAGAAGCAAACCAUGGCAAGUACUUAAUCUAUAUCAAAGACAGAAAGAAGGUCGGAGAGUUACAGGGUCGAAAUGUUUAUGAAGUUGUAGCAGGCGAAACUAUCUUCUUAUCUGGCAAGGAAGAUAAGAUGGUCUAUGAACUAGUGCAGGAGUUCUUUAAGACUCCCGGACUGUUCUUCUCAGACUUAGAUCUAUCCGGACCUUUAGGCAGUCCAGAUAGUAAAGAGGAGAAUACUGAUUUUAUCUUCAACUAUAUCCCCCUAGCCAAGUUCGGCCAGAAAGAGGAUGCCAAAGACGCCGAACUAUUUGGAGUACGAAUUAUUCAAGGAUACUUUGGCCAGCUCAAUCUAAACUGGGACAGUGAAGUCAAGUGCUGUUUAUUGAGUCGACGUAGUUGGAAGAACACAGGCACUCGGUUCUGUGCCCGUGGUUCCGAUGCCACCGGCCAUGCAGCCAACAGUGUAGAAACUAUCUUUCAGUUUGAGAAGAACAAACAGACUCAUUCCUUUUUGCAGAUAAGAGGAUCAAUUCCUCUUUCUUGGGAACAGAAGAUAAACUUAUCGUAUAAACCGCCAGUCAAAAUGGGAGACCCCGAGAUUAGUCACCAACUAUUCCGUAAACACCUUGAAGUCCUCAGUAAGAGAUACGGCGAUGUAGUCUUUUUGACUCUUUUAGAUGCAACUGGCCACGAAGAAGAGCUUAAUAAUAUCUAUAUAGACGAGUUAAAGCGAAAUAAAGUGGACUACUAUGCAGUGGACUACCACCGCAUGAUGAAAAGUCCCGAAGAGCGACGAGUGUUUAAACAGGCACUACAAGAACUACUUCUGAAAAACAAGGUCAUUCGAACCAACUGUGUGGAUUGCUUAGACCGAACUAACGUCGUACAAAGUCAACUGGCCAAGAUAAAGAUGCUGCACUUCCUGAACCUACCUGCAUUUGGCGAGCAAGGCCAAGUUCUAGAUGUCGAUGACUAUUUAGCCGUAUCUGAAGUCCGUAAGCUAGGCCAGCUAUGGAACCAAAAUGCCAAUGCACUGGCCAUGCAGUAUACUGGUACUUCCGCACUGAAAAACGACUUAACUGCGCAUGGUGUACGUACAUUCCGCGGAAUGAUCCAGGAUGCCAUUAGUAGUGGCAAGCGGUACGUCAACAACAAUUUCACUGACGGGCGUAUGCAAGAGAUCAUUGAAAUCCUUACGGGAGCCCGACACCACCUGGGAAACUGUUCUAGGGGAGACAGAAGAGUUAGCAUCUUUUUAGGAGCCUUCAUAGCAGCCGCUAUUAUGGCAACGGCCUACCAUCCCAUUCUAUUGGUUAUAUUACUCGCCUGCCUCAUUCUGGCCGGAAAGAGACUCCUCAGUCUCUUCCUUAGUUUUCCGUCUCCCCUCUCUUCAUCCCCAUCCAACUCUUCUAAGUCCCAAUCCACUAAAUCCCAAACCCAAUCCCACUCCAAGCCCAAUACUAACCACUCCAAGCCCAAUAAUAAGGCUACACCACCUCCUAAAACAGACAUGCCCAAGAAAUAA